AUGGCAGUGGCGGCGGCGGCAGCGUCGGCGUCCUCCGUCGGCCCCGACCCGUCCUCGUCGUCCGUGGCGCACCGGCGCCGCCUCACCGACGUCGAGCGGCCGGACGACGGCGACGGCUGCGUCAGGCACCGCGGGGUCCGGGCGUUGUUCUCCGUCCGGAGGAGCUACGGCAAGAGGGCGUCGUCCGUGGUCGACCAGGCGUGGGUGCGCAACGCGGUGGCGUCGCUGCUGGGCCUCCUCGUCCUCGUCGGGCUCCUCGGCUCGCACCGGGCCGUCGGCGGCGGCGGCGGCGGCGACGGCGACGGCGGGAGGCUGCUGCGGAGGGUGGACGGGGAGGCGCUGGGCUGGCGGGAGGAGAACCUGACGGCCCUCGCCCGCCGGUCGCCCGACACGCCGAUUCCCAAUAUAUGGACGAUGCCGGCUAGCGAGGGUUACAGCAAAUGCAUCGAACGCCCGAGAAACCACCACAGAACAAACAAUGCAACAGCUGGUUAUAUAAUGGUUGAUGCCAAUGGUGGACUGAACCAGAUGAGAAUGGGAAUAAGCGAUAUGGUUGCAGUUGCUAAGCUCAUGAAUGCGACACUAGUAAUCCCUACACUGGAUCACAGAUCAUUUUGGACCGAUCCAAGUGAUUUCGAAGAUAUAUUUGAUGUGGAGCAUUUCAAGAAAACUCUAGAGAAUGAUAUUGUGAUUGUGGACUCCUUGCCACCAGCUUACAGAAGGUCGAAACUCUAUAUGAGGGCACCAUCUUCCUGGUCCAGGGCUUCUUACUACAGAGCUUUCACGAGGACACUAAAGAAGGUCAAAGUUGUUAAAUUCACACAUACAGAUUCACGAAUUGUCAACAACGGUCUUGCUCCUCAUAUCCAACAACUCCGCUGCCGAACGAAUUACGAGGCACUAAAAUACAAGAAAGAAAUUGAAGAUCUAGGUAAUACUCUAGUUGAUAGACUGAGGAAUGGGUCCAACCAUUAUAUCGCACUUCAUUUAAGAUAUGAGAAGGACAUGCUCUCAUUUACUGGCUGCAGCCAUAAUCUAACACGUCAGGAGGCAGAAGAGCUGAGAGAAAUGAGACUCAAGGUGCGGCACUGGAAAGAAAAGGAAAUUAACAGCAAGGAGAGGCGACUUCAAGGAGGCUGCCCUAUGACUCCUCGUGAAGCAGCUCUUUUUCUUAAAGCUAUGGGCUAUCCUUCCACGACAAAUAUCUACAUUGUAGCAGGUGAAAUAUAUGGUGGGCAUAGCAUGGACGAAUUAAAGGCCGCAUAUCCAAAUGUCUACACACAUUAUAGUCUAGCAACAGUAGAUGAAUUAGAGCCCCUCAAGCCGUACCAAAACAGAUUAGCUGCAGUGGACUACAAUGUAGCCCUCCACAGUGAUGUUUUUGUGUAUACAUAUGACGGAAAUAUGGCCAAAGCAGUACAGGGUCAUAGAAGAUUUGAAGGAUUCCGGACAACCAUUAACCCUGACAGGCAGAAGCUUGUGGAGCUCAUUGACAAGCUUGAUGAGGGUACAAUUACUUGGAAUGACUUUCAAAGCAAAGUGAAAACACAUCAUGAAAACAGACUUGGAGGUCCAUAUCAGAGGUUGUCUGGUCACAGUCCCAGGCAAGAGGAGCAUUUUUAUGCAAAUCCUCUCCCAGGGUGCUUGUGCAAAAAAACACAAAGGAUUUAG